UUCCAAUGCGCAUGCGUCAAGUAAGAAGCCAUGUUUUGAUGUUUAUUUGUGUGCGAAAUUUUGUGAUAAAUAUUCCCCCAGACUGCGAAAAUGAGGAUAAUUACAGCCUUAUUUUUAGUUUUGGUGCCUUCAAUGGCAACUAAAGAAUAUGCAGAUGAUAUUUCACAACUUCUGAAAGACCCACAGCUUAUAUAUGACCUUGUUAAGCGGCUCGGAAGUGAUGUCGAUAUAUCUUCAUCUCCUCAGAAAAAAUCAUAUUCGGAUAAACAUUCCGAUUCGACGACACAUGAAGGUACUGAUAUUAAUCACGAUCUCGUUAAUAAUGAAGACAAGCCGUCAUGCAAGACUCGUACAUCUGAAAAGACGAUAAUAAGGACCGAAGAUUCUAGACUAGCCGGUGCAAUAUUUCUCGGUUCAUCGGAAAAUAUUGCGACAAAUGAAGAAUGUGUAUCGAAAUGUUGUUCUUCGAAAGGUUGUGAACUUGCUGUUUAUGAGAACAAAACAAAACACAACUGCUACCUGUUUACAUGUCGAGAUGCAGUGACAGGGGAGAACAAGUGCAAGUUUGACAUUCAUGCUGACUAUGUCUCCACAAGAAUAUCCAGCUCAGAUGAGGACACCCUUAAGUCAUUAGACACGCUGGACAGUGGUCAUCAUGUGGAACCAGACCCUGACAGCCUGGCUGGUAGGCAGAAGGAAAAAGUGACAGAACCGACCAUACCCCUUCAUACCGAGGUGAAAUCAACUCCGAGGCCCACACAACUGCCACAUUCAGUGGCCUUGGGUGGUUCCUGUCUAGCUGACUUGAGCUGUGAAGACCCACAUGCUGUAUGCUCAUCAACAGGUUUCUGCAAAUGUCAGGACAGCUACAAUGAGAAAAGUGGUUUCUGCAGAGAGGUAUGUGGCCCAGAUCAGGCAGAGUGCAAGAUUCGAGGGACGUCAUGGGUGGGACCAGACUGCAUCCCGAAGUCCAAGCUUUGUGAUGGUACCACAGAAUGUGCGGAUGGAUCGGAUGAGAGAGACUGCUCCCCUUCAGCACUGGUGGCGGAUAAACAGUUAGAACCAUGGCAAAGGAAAUCCCCAGCAAGUCUCCCUGGUGAUGGGAACUAUGAUAGUAUGGGCUAUGGCAAUGACCUACAGAUCCCUGACUUACCACAGGGAAAGUACUCCAGGACAGAUCUUGAGAAGGAGCUGAGUGACGGCAAGGAAGUGGGACAGGGAGGCUACACUAAGGAUGCUGAUCACUCUGACAAACUCGCUGACAGUGUCAACAAUGCAUACAGCAAUACCAGGGGAAAGGUGCAUGAUUACCAGUACUCAUCUGAUGUGGAUAAAGAGUUGGAGAGAGUAAGCGUGUCUGUGACUGACCGGCCUAUGGUGAAGCCUACAUUCCUCCCAUCUAAGCCAGUGGCAUCAUGGUACAGAGAUGAUGAGACCCCUGAGGGGCCGAGGUUUGAGGACAGGCACAAGGGCAACUCAGAUGUUGCCAGUAAGAGGGUUCACAGGGUCGACACAACUGUUGAGGAAAGUGAAAAUAGACUUCCAGGGACUUCAGGAAACAAGGCUCCAAAGCUUGAUCUACAUGCAGCUGCAGCUGGUCGUCCUGAAGGAAAACCUCGAGCUCCUCAAAGAGCUAAACCUGAGAUUCCUCACUCUCCCUCACAGGCAAGCUUGCCUGAAGCUCAGCCAAGUCAAGUGUAUCUGAAACCCAGCAGUCAGGACUCUGCAUUCCAGACACUGGCCCCUGAUGCCCCAUCACGGGAAGAUGCCAGCAUGAUGGACAAUAAACCUGCCUCUAACAUGGGCUACAGGCCAUUUGACAGACCAUAUUCACCACAUGGCCUGAACAGACAACCCUCAAGGAUCCAGAAAAUAAACUCCAAUAUUCCUGCUCCAGAUUAUGACACCAGUCUGUAUGGGCUUGGGCAGCAACGCCCUUACCCCAUGAGGAGACCAUACCAGCAAGGCCGUCCUAAUGGCCCGUAUCGGAAGUUCCCUGAUACUGGUUUCAACCACCCAUACACAGGAGGCUACAACAACUAUGACUACAAUGACUUUGAUCCCUAUGUUCCCCUCCAAGGCACUGACUACAACAGUCCUGACAACCACAGAACUUAUGGAAGCCAUGACAAAGCGAACUACCCUUUUAAGUCUUAUGGUGGAGACUAUCAUGAUGGAAACAGACCCCAGGACAUGGUACCCUCCCAAGACAUGACAGAUGAACAGGUUACAUCAUCUCAGGAUUCCGUCAAGUCCAACAACUUUCCUGCAGUCACAGAAGACAAACCUACUCAACAAGGCGGUAAAAGUACAGAUGCAGCCUCACACUCUUCAGAGGCUAAAACUGAUACAGCAGUGUCCACUAACAUGGUUAAAGCAGAGAAAAAGCCAGUCAGUGAAGACAAAGAUGACAAGCAUGUGUCCAAUGACAGCCAAAGUAACAAAGAUACCCAACAGACAGACAGCAAAAUGAGACCAACAGAAUCUGAAGAAAAAUUUAGGGAUGACAAAACACAGCCUCUUACUAAGAGCGACACUGCAAUGAAAACAGCUGCUGGCCCGAGUGUGAAACCAGCUGCUGGCCCGAGUGUGAAACCAGCUGCUGGCCCGAGUGUGAAACCAGCUGCUACACCAGAACAACAUCCACAUGUUAAUGUGGUAAGUAACGAAGAGGAGACAGUAUUUCUCACCAAGGAAAAAGUCAUUGUAGCUAGCCCAACAGACAAUGCUCAGGGACCUAUAGUUGCUCUGUCACUUGGUCUGGCCAUAACAGUUAUAUUGCUUGUGUUCGUUGGAUGUCGGCUUAGAAAUGUGAGACGGCGGUUACGAAAAGGACGACCCCUACAUUCCAAUGAGGCAGACUAUCUCAUAAAUGGGAUGUACUUGUAAACAAAAUUAUUUCUGAUCAUUGGUUGUUCAAACAAAAAGUUUGUUUUAAUAUCAUUUAAUUGUGUACAUCAGUGUCCUUGUGUAUCAAAUAUAAAUAAACAUUUUGCCGAGUUGCAAAUCAAAUAUAGAGAGAAAACUUAAACAUUCCUUCAAAGAGGUUUAUGAUAUUAAGUGCAUAAAAUCCUACAUUUAAAUAAUCUCAAGAUGUAUUUUUCUCUAAUCUGAUCUCUAAUUUCAACAAUUCCCACCAAGGACGGAAAUGUACACAUGUACACAUUAAGCCAUAUUAAGCAUUGCCACUCCACUCUCAUGCUCUUAAAGUAACAUUUUAAAGGAAUACAUGAAACCUUUUUAUACUCCGAUUUCUUACUUUUACAUCAGCUUUAAGUGUGUGAAGUGUAUCUUGGAAUUAGAAAUCCAUUGGCAUAUUUUUGACUGAUUUUCAAUGGUAAUUCCUUUAAUCAUUGACUUUAAUUGAAAGGAUAACAUACUCAGUUUAUUAGAACUGUUCUUACUUAAAAAUAUUUCUUUUCUCUUAUUAUCUUAUACUUUAAUGAUGUAGAUAUGCACUGCUAAUUAGGAUGCAAUAUUGUCAGGCUUUGUUAGCCGUUUCCUCCAGCAUCCCCAUGUACAUGUAAUACUGCAGCCCUCCACGUCACUGUGCAUUUCGGCCAAAUCAGCGUUUUCUAUAGGUGUAUACAAAUUAUGAUAUUUGAUCCAAACAUUCAGAAGUGAGGACUGAACUCGAGGUUACCUCUGUUGUGAGGAACAUAUUCAUAUAUGUGUGAAGAAAUAUGUUUGCUUAAUCCUUCUCUAUUCUUUGAAUUACUUCAAAGUAGUAUUGUUUUAUCAGAUGCUAUUGUAAAUAAUUUGUCUGGUUCAUUUUGUUUGUUACUGUGUAUUCAAUCUGGAUCAUUAUGCAGUUGUCAGUUCAGUAUACAGCAGCCAGAAAAAUACAUUCUAAUCAAAACUAUAUUUAUACAUUCCAUUUUAUUUCUUUUGCUCAUAUGUGAUGUUUUGAAAAUAUUGAUUUCUAUCUACCCUUGUUACUCCCUGAGUUACUCGACAUACUUUUUAUCACUGUUGACUUGCUCAUGUCAAAUCAAAUUUUAAUAAAAAAAACUCAUUUAUCACCUGCAAUCAACUACAUUUAUGUAUGCCAAGUUGGUGACUAUUUAGCUCUGCAUUUGUAUUUAUACACUUUGUAGACAUCUUGUUAAACAGUAUUUAGUGUGUCUCUUACUGAUGUGUUGUGAAAUCUGUGCUCUUCAAAUUUUCUUGUAAAUCAAUGAAUUUGAAAUUUCAUGAAUAUGUUUUAAAUCAAACAGUAACAAAAUCAGUCUUCAUCAUGUUCAUGUUUUAUUUUGACAUGGUUGUGCAAGUUCAGUUAAUCUGCUCCAUCUUUCAUUUUAAAAGUUUGAUGAAGAUGUAUGAAUAUUUGUUUACAAAUCCAAUGCAGUGUAUUCAAGUUGAAAUGGUACAUUGCCUGCCUUGCUGGAUUGGAGUGACUGAUGAUUCUAAAUGACAGGUCCGGAUGUGGACUGGUCCAUAUCUUCAUCAUGUAGAUCCUAAUUUUGUGCACGGACAAGAAUCUGCUUGCAUUCCACGUCAUCGAAGUCCGUGCUUAUAUAGUGGGGCCAAGCCAGCUUUAUGCAAGUGGGUUCUCAUCAAAUGUAUGCUAUUUAAUGUUAGCAGACAUCUCUGUGACAUGAUGCAUCAGUAACUUAUGUGCAACCAUGGUAACAGGGUCUGGAUGGGUGGUAGGGGGGAGACAACCAAGAACUCUACUUACAAUUGGGACAAAGACUAGAAAUGAGGUGCACAAUUGUAAUAGUAACUUUUCGUAGCUAUUCAUAAAGCAACUUCAAAUGUACUACUUAUCUCUAUGUAGCAGUACCUCAUUCGUCCUUACAAUGUGCUAUCACAAGUCAUCUGUCAUUAUGCACAUAAAAUGACAAAACUGCGAAAAAACACUGAGGUAGGUCACUGUAAAUUUAUGCAGUGUAUUUAUGUACAUCAGCUUAGGAGUUUUCUCUACUUAAUGGUCAUAUGUAAUUGAACAAGAAUCUUCAGCUGUUCAGGAUUUGUUCACUCCAGGAAAACAAGGCUUCAAAUGAGGUUGAGCAUGAAUUCCAGAUAUAGUAGGCCUGUAUUUCAGUGAUCAUGUCAGUGCUGUACAUACCACUGGGUAAUAACAAAAAUAUUAGUAACAUUUAAUGGAGAGUUUUCUAUAUAAAUGUAAAUGAAUAAAUACUAGUUUGUAGUUGGUUGGACUACUAUUUAUUCAUAUUUCAGAUUAGUCAAGACAUUUAACAAGACGAUCUAAAAUCAGUGAUAGUUUGCAGUAACUGUAGAGAUGUAUUUCUUGUGUCUUUCAUUUGGUGUUGCCCACAUGUGUUGUGUGUGAUGUAGGUGGAAAACUUUGUUUUUACUUCAGGUGGGGGGCAUGAUUUCCCACUGCUGUAGAAAGGUCCCAACACUGGGCCAGUGGGGAUAUCUGGAGUAGCAUUGGAAAUCAAACGUUUGUUUUUCAAAGAAAGUUUACCACAUAUUAUAUAUCCUGUACCCUGUAACUUUCAGUUUUAGUGUACAAACAUUAUUGAUUGUGUGUAGGGGUGACAUCAGUCUCUUUUUCACUGUUGUCUGUGAUAUUUGUUUCUUUCACAGAAAUAAAAAGUAUUUUGUAA